AUGUCCACUCGCACUUCUCACUCAAAAACCUCCCUGGAUGGCAAUGACUCUCCUGGGAAGGAUCAAAAAGAUUCAUGGGUUGAGGAUACUCAUCCAACCGACUCAUAUAAUCCUCUGUCCAUUUAUCGCUCAUAUGAUCCCGAGUUUCGUGCGAAAACCGAACGAGAAUUGCGGCACAAAAUCGACACGCGAAUCCUCCCUCUCAUUGUUUUGAUUUAUCUUUUCAAUUAUCUUGAUCGAAACUCGAUCACUCAGGCGCGGCUUUAUGGACUCCAAGAGGAUACAGGCCUUCAGGGGGCAGAAUAUCAAACUGCUAUUUCGAUCUUUUCAGCUGGCUAUAUCGUCAUGCAGCUACCCUCCACGGUCAUGAUGACCAAGUUCCGCCCCUCUAUUUACUUGCCGACAUGUAUCGUUCUGUGGGCCUUUGUGAGCGGGUGUACUGCGGCGACGUUCAACACCCCAGGCAUUCUGAUGGUUCGCUUCUUCCUUGGAUUUGUAGAAGCACCACUAUUUCCCGGUGCAGUCUACUACCUCAGCGCUUGGUACACCAAGCGGGAGAUUGGUGUUAGGAUGGCUUUGCUUAUUUGUGGCAUCCUGCUGUCUAAUGCUUUUGCCGGGCUGAUUUCGGCUGGUAUUUUAUCAGGCAUGGGCGGGGUUGCAGGUCUUACAGCAUGGAAAUGGCUCUUUAUUCUUGAAGAUCUUGCUACAAUGUUGCUCGGCGUUGUUUCAUUCUUCACCCUUCCAGAUUUUCCUGGAACGACCAAGUGGCUCACCGAUGCCGAGAGAAUUGUGGCUCAAGCACGUCUCGCUAUUGAUGCUGGCAAUGACACCAUUCUUGAUCCCGAGGAAGUGUCACUAACGCGUGGUUCCAUUUUGGCUGUGAAAGAUGUCCGUACCUGGAUUUUUGCUUGUAUGCAAAUGUCCACAACGGCAUCCAUUUCCUACUCUCACUUCUUCCCUUCUCUCAUUAAGCAACUAGGAUUUCAAAACAGCACCAUUGUUCUUCUGCUUAGCUCUCCGCCUUAUUUUGUUGCAUUCAUCUGGGCGCUGUCAUGGGCAUGGUUCUCUGACCGAAAGCAAACUCGUUCAAUUCCUUCGGGGAUCUCUCAGAUAACCGCUAUGGUUGGAACAAUAUUGUUGAUUGCAGUUACCGAUCAGCUCUGGGCCCGCUAUGCCUUCACAAUUCUCGUUUGCUGUGGUACUUUUGGAGUGUACUCUACGACAUACGCCUGGCUAUCCUCGACCUUGACGCAGCCACCCAUCAAACGCGCCGUUGCUAUCGGGCUGGCAAAUACAUGUGCCAAUUGGGCAUCUCUUUUUGCGAAUUACUUUUGGCUGGAUCAGUAUAAGCCUGAAUAUCGAGAAUCAUGGGGCUGCUUAUUGGCCUUUCAAGCCCUGGGAAUGACCUGUAUCUUGACUCUUCGGUAUAUCCUUCAAUAUACCAACCGGAAAUUUGAGCGUCUGGCUGUUGAGAUUGACUUGAAUGAUACUAAUGCUAUCCUGCACUUGAAUGAAGAUGAAAGAAAUGCCGUGCAGAAUAACUUUAGGUAUGUUAUUUAG